AUGCAGAAACGUUUAAGCCAGGCUCUUGGCAAUGUUAUCUUCUCCAAGGAGUCCUCUGGCCAACUGGGAGAUUUCUUUUCACAGUUGAUUGUGGUCUCUUUCACCCUUGUGGCAGGAGUGGGAGCGGUGGCUCAGUCUCUUGUGGGACUCACAGGAAGUGAACCCAGAGAGAGCAUUGUGUCUGUCUGGAGAUAUCCUGCUGUGAUGGAGCGGCUAAGAGCCCUUCGAGGACUCUUUGCUUGUGUGGGCUGCAUGCCCAGAUGUAUGCGUCGCAGGGAGAGAGGCAGGGUGGCAAGCCCUGUCCCUGCCUGUGCCGUGUCUUUGCUGCUGCAGCGUCUGCAAGAUCAGGAGGGUGACCGAGUGCAGGCGUACUGUGAGCUGAAGAGUGCCCUGAGGGAAGACCACAGCCGCCCACCAUGCGGAGUGGUGAACUGGCUGCUGGCAGAGGUGUCCCAGGACCUGACGGCAGCCCAGGGUGUGACAGACAACGUGAGGAUGGCUGCCAGCAAUGUCCUGGUGGCUCUGGCCUGGACACAUUUCAGCUUGGUGAUGGCCGAGCUCCAGGGCCACCUGAAGGCCGCAGGGGAGAUGUCCAAGGAGUUUGUGCUCAUCACCCUGAGCAAACUCUUCAGCACCUAUGCUCCACAGUGCAUCUCCUUCACAUGGCUGACUCUUGCCGGCCUACGCAGUGUGGUGGGCCAGGUGAAGAGUGGCCGGACCCUGCGCAUCGCUUGUGCUGUUGUGAAACAGUGGUCAGAUGGAAUCAAGUUUCACUUGUCCUCUGCAAAGCAAUGCCCCUGGUCUGCCAUGGAGAAAGAGCAAAUGUAUGAGAAUCUUCACCAGCUCUUCUUCUCUGUGGUGAGGAACUGGCAGGACUGCCAGGAGGAAAAGGACAAACAGGCUGUCCUCCGGGCUCUGGCUGCCAUGAUGGCUGUCCUCCUGCAAGAGGAGCUGCACCAAGAGCAGGCCUGGGAGCAGCUUCUCUGGCUCGUGCACCCAUGUCAGGAGGUCCAAGACACCUGCAGGAUGGCCAAGAGCCUCACUAUCUUCCUGGAGGCUCUAGAGGGUGUUGAGUCUUUCAUCCCCAAGGACAAGUUUCUGGUCAUCACCAGUGCCACAUUGUAUCAGGUGAGGAGGGCUGUUCUGCAUUUCAUCGAAGAUCUGCUCAGCACUAAUGCCAGGAGCUGCUCGUCCUGGGAUGUGGUGGGGCACAUCUUCAGUGAGUUCAGCCGCACCACGGGAAGAAGGGCAACCGGAAACCUUUCUGCCCAGGAAGCCCAGGAAGAAGGAGAUCUCCAAGAGCUGUGCAUGGACAUCCUGGGGUCACUGGAUGUCUCUGGGAGAGGGAUGUCCAAAUCCCUACAGCUCCUGUGGCCGUGGCUGCUGCUGUUUGUGGUGCCAGCCGAGUACACGGGCAUGCUGAUCCCGGUCUCCCGCUGCAUCCAAGCCUUGGCUGAAAGACAGGACCUGACAGGGCAGGAGAGAGAAGAACUAAAUCCCCAUUUCCUCAACUCUGUGUUUCAAGGCCCACUACUGACUCCACAGACACUGCUGACACGCCUGUUGGUGGUGGCAGGGAGCCAUGUUGCAGGCAGCGAACUCCAAGCCGCUGCCUUACUGCUGAUGAAAAACCUCCACAGCAGGUUCCACAGAGCUCUGGGGGCCAUGUGGGCUGCUGAGAUCCCCCUGCUGCUGCAGUGCUUCUAAGGGAAAGACGAGAGCUUCCCGGACUCUGCAGAGUGGGAGCACCGACUGCUAAAGUUCCUGAGGGCGUCGCUGGAGACCAUAGAGGAUGAGGCCUGGACCAAGGGCCUGAGCUGCGAGCUGAGCCGGUGGCUGAGCAGCUCUGCCAGCAGCUCUGGAGAAAAGUCUUUCUUGUACAAGGCUCUGGGGACAGCACUGGCAGCUUGUAAAGGAGUCCUCCACAUCCAAGAGAAGCUGCUGCAGCACCUGGAGGAAGCAAAUGCGGAGGAGCCAGCUGAGGCCCAGGGAAUGAUCUGUCUUCUCAGCCAUGCUGCUGAGAGCAACUUCCACGCAGUCCUGGACACGCUCACCAUGUUUGCGUCCAGGCUGUGCAAAGGCCAGAAUGCAAGGAUUUCCAGACGCAAGAAGGUGGAGCUGGACAGCAGAAGAGCUCAUGCCACACGCAGUGCUCUCAUGCUCGCCCAUGGCAGCUUGGCACUGCGUGCCUCUAAGGAACAGCUGCUCGCCCGCCUCGUGGGAGACAUUGUGGGCAACAUCCUGCUGCUCUACAGCUGCAGCUGCUGGGACUUGCAGAACAAUCUUGCGCUGGUGCAGAGCAUCACAGACUUCAGCUCUGCCUUCCAAGCUGUGGGUGACUCUGCCUACUUUAAUCCCUCCUUGAAGGGCAAGCUUCUGGAGAUCCUGAUGGACUUGCUGAAGAAGUAUUAUUUGGGCAUCCCUGCCUCCCCAGUACCCCUCAAGGUGGUUCUGGCCCUGGAGCAGUUGAGCAAGCUGAAGCCCUCUUUUGGAAGCAAGGACAUGCUUGAAAUAUUGACUCUGUGCUGCAAGAACAUUGUGACACACCCUUCAGCAGAGAUGAUGCUGAAGAUCAGGAAGUCACAGCAAGCAGCUCGAUACCUGCAGCUUCUGCAAACAUCAGUGAAAGCUCUGGGCUGGCUCAUAGCAGUCCAGCUUGAGACAGAGCCCACUGGUGGCUUCUUCCAGAACAUAGUACAUGUCCUGCAGAGAUCAAUGACAUCAGGAAACAUGUGGGAGCGCAAGAGGGCCCUGCAGACCGGCUCCCAGCUUCUGGCUGUUUGUGAAGAGCUUCAAGUGUCUCUCCCCUGUGGAAAGCAGUUCCAUUUCCAAAAGCAUGAUUUCACUUUUCUCCCCAUGCUCUUUCCAGCCAAGGCGACCAACAGAGUCAUUGAGACGGGAGACAUCGGUAGCCUGCGUGAGGGGUUGCAUUCCUGCAGCAACAUCUCUCAGCUCCAGACCUCAGCCAGAAUCGCAAGGAUCGUAUGCAGAAACUUCCCCCUGGAACGCACCGUAGACCUCAUGAUGGCCAUCAAGGAGAGCUUCCGGAAAGCUAAAGGAAUGCGUGUGUGUGCUGCUGGGAAGUGGCUGAUCACCUUUCUGCAGAUGUGCGGAAAGGACAUCUGUCAAGAUGUGCCACUGAUCCUCUACAUCCUGCGCAGCUGCACAUCAUCCAUGCAGCAGAGCAUUUUCAUGCCCUUCCUGUGCCAGGCAGUGGUCAUCCUCACCCACUGUCACGAAGAGGUCAUGACUGACAACUUCUCCCGGCUGCUUGGGCCCACAGACAGGUACUGGCACCCCUGCCUUUGCUGUUGCUGCGGUCACAGUUGUAGCUUGCCUCUGUUAGAGGGAUCCUGGGAGGAAGCAGCUUUUCUUUUUUCCUCUCAAAGACUGUUUGAAGCAAAAAUUACUCAGUCACAACUUGAGACUCUCGUUCUUCUAGUGAGAUGUGGAGGAGAAUAAGAGAGUUUUGUCUGCAACGGUGGAGCCGAUGAUGAUACAGUCAGCCACCAGUUACUGCCUUUCAUUCCAGCUGGCAGUUGCUAAAGUGCGCUUGGGGACUGUGGCUGACUGCAGGCAAAGGGAAAUGGGGAAAUCACAGAAACACGGGGGAUAGAAAAGACCUCAAGACAUCACUGAGUCCAACCCCUCUGCUAGAGCAAGAACCCCAUGACAAGUCGCCCAGCUAGCCGUCCAGAUGGGUCUUGAAUGUCUCCACAGGAGGAGACUCCACAACCUCUCUGGGAAACCUGUUCCAGUUUAUCACCACCCUCUGAGAGAAAAACAUUGUCCUAAGCAUUUUAUGAGCAUAUGAGUACUGUUUGCACACUUAUGCAGCCAUUUUUGGUGU